AUGGACUUCAGGAAACAGCUGAAGGAGCCCCCCCACCCCAACACCUACAUUGAAGGGACACCAGUGGAGAAAGUGGAAAGUUCCUCGCCUCCACUCCAACCAACGGUUUCAAGGCCAGUUCGAGUAGAAACGGUUGCUGUGACAUGCCAUUCAGACUACAUGGAGAUCGUAGUGAAGGCUGACCUGUUUAAACUCGGUAAUCUAAUCGAUGUGGAUGACCUGCGACUUGGAGUUGAACAGUACCAAGACCAAGAGCCGUGUAGGGCUACAGCUUCAGCAACCGGAGAUGAGUACAGAAUAUUCGCAGCACUUUCAGACUGUGGAACCAAGUACAUGCUGAACGAAGACUCAUUGAUCUACGCAAACCUCCUCAGAUAUACACCCAGAACCACACCAGAUGGCGUUAUUCGAAUGGCUGGUGCUGUGAUCCCAAUUGAGUGUCAUUAUGAAAGGAAGUACAGUUUGGACAGCUCUUCUCUCCAGCCGACCUGGAUCCCUUUCACCGCCACAGUGUCUGCUGAAGAGACCCUGCAGUUCUCAUUGAAGCUUAUGACAAGUGACUGGCUCUAUGAGCGGGGUUCUGGAGUCUACUUCCUGGGUGAUCCCAUCAACAUUGAGGCAUCUGUCAGGGUUGCUCACCACACCAGGCUCAGGGUCUUUGUUAACAGCUGCGUGGCCACACUGGACCCUGAUAGCAACUCUGUCCCCAGAUAUGUCUUCAUUGAGAGUGGGUGCUUGACGGAAUCCCAGCUGCCUGGUUCCCGCUCUGGUUUCAUGCGUAGGACCCAGGACAACAAGCUCGGGUUCCACAUUGAUGCCUUUAGGUUCUACCAGGAGGACAGGGCAGAGCUGUACAUCACCUGCCACCUUAUGGCAGUCCCUGUCAUGGACCAUGCAGAGCCUAGCAACAAGGCAUGCUCCUUCAUUGAUGGCAGAUGGAGGUCUGCUGAUGAGAAUGAUUUGCUAUGUGGGCGUUGUCCAAGCCUGAGUAGACAGAAGGGGGUUGAUCAAGCUCCAGCACAACGUCCCCUCAGUCCAAGACUAGGUGGUAGCCAACUUGAACCUCGUGUCUACCGCAACAAACCCCCAGCCUCUGGUGACAAUUGGAGUAUUGGGAUGAAGGCCAAGAAAGUAUGGGACCAGGAUACUACUUUGGGCCCCAUGAUUGUCCUCCCAAGUAAACAGAAGAGUACGCCUCUAUCUCCACGGACGAGUGGAGGUAUCGAUAUACCUGGCUUCCCUGCCUCAACAGGGGACAGGAAGCCCGUAUCGCGUGGCAUGGACUUCAAGAGAGAGCUGGAGGCCACUCCAGACCCUGAGUUGAUUCCUACACCUGAGCCCAGUGGAGACCUUGAGGUUACCACAGAGAAAGAGGGUCUGGGUGAAGAGGAGGAUCAGUAUGAGAUUGGAACCUAUUGA